GUGCUCAUACAAUGAAAAGGGUGGAUCUGUGACAUAAGGGAUAGUGCAGGAGGCUGGACACAUAAAACCAGCCAGGAGAAGUGAAACAAAGCUCAGUCACCUCUCUUAUUGGAUGUGUUAUUACAGCUCUGCUCUGGGAGGAUACAACAGCUGGAGAGGGGGGGAUUGCUGAGAACCAAGCUUUUUCUCAUUUCUGCAUAACUUCUAUUGUAUCUGCAAAAAAACAAGAAGAGGGGGGGAAGAAAAUAUAAGUUCACCUCAAUGAAGGAGAGAAGAAGCAGCCAGAAACUGUCUAGCAAAUCUAUGAUGGAUCCCAACCAAAAUGUGAAAUGCAAAAUUGUGGUGGUGGGAGACAGCCAGUGUGGGAAGACCGCUUUAUUGCACGUUUUCGCUAAGGAUUCCUUCCCAGAGAAUUACGUCCCCACCGUAUUUGAGAAUUACACGGCCAGUUUUGAAAUUGACACCCAGAGGAUAGAACUGAGUCUGUGGGAUACGUCUGGUUCUCCUUAUUAUGACAAUGUCCGUCCGCUCUCCUAUCCAGAUUCCGACGCCGUCUUAAUAUGUUUUGACAUCAGCCGACCUGAGACGCUCGACAGCGUACUUAAGAAGUGGAAAGGUGAAAUUCAGGAAUUUUGUCCCAACACCAAAAUGCUGCUGGUUGGAUGUAAAUCUGAUCUGCGCACAGACCUCACGACGCUGGUGGAGCUGUCCAAUCACAGGCAGACGCCGGUAUCUUACGAUCAGGGUGCUAAUAUGGCCAAGCAAAUCGGAGCAGCCACCUAUAUCGAGUGUUCAGCCCUACAGUCUGAGAACAGCGUAAGGGACAUUUUCCAUGUUGCCACCCUGGCAUGUGUAAAUAAAUCUAACAAAAAUCUCAAAAGGAAUAAAACACAGAGGACAACAAAAAGAAUUUCACACAUGCCUAGCAGACCGGAACUGACUACAGUGUCCACGGACUUGAGAAAGGACAAAGCCAAGAGUUGCAGUGUAAUGUGAAGGGGGUCUUCGUGGUAGAAGUAAAAAGAAGAUUUGGUUGAAUACUGAAUGAAGGUCCCUACCAAAGUGCUAGAUACUGUUGGUAAACCAGAGCCGUUAAGGAUUUUACUUACAAAUUCGAUUUGGUACUUAAGGACGCAGCAUGUUGACCGCACAGAGGAAGAAAGUUGGACACUUAGGAAAAAUAAAAAAUAGUUACACCAAAAAAAAAAUAUGAAGCAAAAUGAUGUUGAUGGAUGAAGGGAAAUUUGUCUUCAUCUCUCAAAAAAAAAAAAAAAACUUAAUUCUUGAAUUUCUCAAAAUUCAGUACCCUAUAUCUAUACACACUUCUUUUUUUUUUUAGCCAAAAAGUUCUCUUAAGUUCUCACGUUGACUUUAGUGCCGCUCUUUGCACUCUUGAAGAACGAUCCACUUGAUCAAGUGUUUCUUAGAGUUGUACACGAGAGGACCUGUAGAUGAAUACCGCAAGGAUCUAUUGUGAUGUUCUACAGAAGUGGGGGGG